ACAAGCAAACUUGUAAUCACAGAUAGAGGGAGAGAGAGAGAGAGAGAGAGAGGAACCGUCGAUGUGAAGGUCAAACCCAACAAACACUUUGAAAAUCUCUGACCGCUGUAAUCUCCGCCGUGUUCUUGCAAGUUUUUUUUUUUCUUCCGGUGAAGUUCAUCAUUUGAUGCCCUAUUCUAUCGUGAAUCUUCGACGCUUGGCGGUGUGUGGUGGUGGUGGUGGAGGAGGAGGGAGUGCCGGUGAAAUUACAAGUAGUCGAUUAUUAUUAUGAGGAGAAACCAAAACAAGGCUAAUAAUGAUAAACAUGACAACAGCAAUGGCUUAAUUCCUAAUUCGUUCAGAUUCAUUUCUUCAUAUAUCAAGACCGUCUCUUCGAACGUCAGGUCCGCUGGAGCCUCCGUUUCUGGAUCGGUUUCCGGUGAUUCCUCCGAUGAACUUCGAAAAGACCAGGUACUAUGGUCUUGCUUUGAUAGAUUAGAGCUUAAUCCAUCAACAAUCAAGAAUGUCCUUCUACUAGGUUACUCAAAUGGUUUUCAAGUUCUUGAUGUGGAUGAUGGUUCUAAUUUUAGUGAACUAGUUUCAACUCGUGAUGAUCCAGUCACAUUUCUACAAAUACAGCCUGCCCCUAAAGAUGCAACAACAACUGAUGCCCAUGAAGGAUUCAAAAUGUCACACCCCUUGUUAUUGGUUGUGGCUAGUGAAGAAGCUAGGGUUUCAGGUAUAUCACACAAUGAAAGAGAUGAAUCUCAGAUGGAUAAUUCCAUGUAUUCUCCUAGAGCUGUGAGAUUCUACUCAUUAAGGUCACAUAGUUAUGUUCAUGUGUUGAGGUUUCGAUCAACUGUGUAUAUGGUUAGAUGCAGUCCAAGGAUAGUAGCUGUAGGUCUCGCUUCACAAAUAUAUUGCUUUGAUGCAGUUACACUGGAAAACAAAUUUAGUGUGCUCACAUAUCCAAUAUCUCAAUUAGGAGGACAAGGACUUUCUGGAAUCAAUAUUGGAUAUGGGCCAAUGGCUGUGGGUCCCAGGUGGUUAGCAUAUGCUUCCAACAACCCAUUAUUAUCAAACACAGGGAGAUUAAGUCCUCAAAAUCUAAGCCCUUCGCCAGGUGUCAGUCCCUCAACCUCACCUGGUAGUGGAAGUUUAAUGGCUAGAUAUGCCAUGGAAUCCAGCAAGCAGUUAGCUAGUGGACUUAUUAAUCUUGGAGAUAUGAGUUACAGAACUUUGUCUAAAUAUUGCCAUGAGCUUCUUCCUGAUGCUAGGGCUGUGCCUCAUUCUACUGAAAAUGCUAAUGCAGGAAUGGUUGUGAUUAAAGAUUUCAUAUCAAGAGCUGUCGUUUCACAAUUUAGGGCCCACACAAGUCCUAUCUCUGCACUAUGUUUUGAUCCAAGUGGGACCCUUUUGGUCACUGCAUCGGUUCACGGGAAUAAUAUCAAUAUCUUCCGGAUUCUUCCAUCUUCCUCACAUAACGAAUCAGGCAACCGAAACUUUGAUUGGAAUUCUUCUCAUGUUCAUCUUUAUAAACUCCAUCGUGGCAUGACUUCUGCUGUGAUACAAGACAUAUGUUUUAGUCAUUAUAGUCAAUGGAUAGCUGUAGUUUCAUCAAGGGGCACAUGUCAUAUCUUUCUAUUAUCUCCUUUUGGUGGUGAAACUGGUAUUCAAUUACAAAACUCCAAAACCAAACUCUCACCUUUUGUAUCACAACCAUGGUGGUCAACCUCCUCUUUCACAAAAGACCAAUCAUUCUCACCCCCACCCCCACCCCCCAUCACCUUAUCAGUAGUUAGCAGAAUAAAAAACGUUAAUUUCGGGUGGAUUAACACCGCCGGAAAGGCGGCUGUCCCGCCAGGUGUCAUUGCCGCCUGUUUCCAUUCUUCCGUACACCGGAAUCAUCCGGAACCUUCUGUUUCUAAAGCUGAUGUAUUAGAGCAUUUGUUGGUGUAUACGCCAUCUGGGUAUGUGAUUCAGUAUGAGUUGUUGCCUUCUUUAGGAAGGGAGCAAGGGGAAUCCAGUGGUUCGCCUCAAGAUGAGGAGUUGAGGGUGAAAGUUGAACCCGUUCAGUGGUGGGAUGUUUGCCGGAGAACGGAUUGGCCGGAAAAAGAGGAGUUUAUUGGUGGUGCUCCGGGAAGACAUGGUUUGGUGGAGGCGGUGAUGGCUAAUUCUGAUGAUGAAGAUGGUGGUGUUGUGGAGAAGGAUUUGAGUAAACUAAAAGAGAGAUCGCGGUGGUAUCUUUCUCAUGCGGAGGUGCAAAUGAGAUCCGGGAGAGUUCCCGUUUGGCAAAAGUCGAAGAUAUAUUUCUAUGCAAUGGCCCCACAGUUUCAUGAAGAGCUAAAUGAUAGUGGGGAGGUUGAUAUUGAAACAAUCCCAGUGCAUGAGAUUGAAAUUAGGGAGAAAGAUUUGCUGCCUGUUUUCGAUAGCUCUUGUGUAGUUCAUCCUGGUUGGACUGAUAACCGAGUGUUUGGUGCUGGUAGAUAUUCUGCUUCGUCUUCCCAUGGUGGUAGCAGCAAUGAAAAGUUUCCUCAAGGUUCCAUUGUCUCUCAUGGCUCAUCACUAGAAGCAACAGAAGCACAGAUUGUAUCUUACCCUAUUCUUGCUUCAACUGUAAAUAAUAAAGACAGCAUGAAUAGGCUAACUUGUUACCCUCCUCUCGAUGAAAUCAUGAAUUCUCCAUCUCCAAUUGACCACUCAAUCCCACCCGACCUAACCGUGGCUCGCGGGGUCAAGUCCUUAGAAAGUGACGGUUCGAACCCUGGUUCAAACCGUUCCGACUCGAGCAUGAACAAUAUUGUUGAUGGAUAUGGACACGAUUUCCAAGAAGAAUACUGCAACCCUUCAACUCAGGAAAAAAGAGAAAUUAAUGAAGUUGAUGGAAAAAAUCGCCUCCAUCAGAGGAAUAAAUCUGAGGAAGAUGGUGAUGAUGAUAUGCUUGGUGGGGUGUUUGCUUUCUCUGAAGAAGGCUGAUGGUGAAAUGAAUGUGGGUUUGAUGGUUGUGUAACUAAUUACUGAUUUGAUUUGAGAGGUGAAACUUUGGGUGUUGUUUCUUGUUGGGCAACAAUUCUUGGUUUUCUCUGUUUCUAAUUCUUGUGUACAUGAUGUAUAGUUGGGUAUGAUUCCAUAUCUCUUUUAAAAGUAAAGAAGAAAUCUUGACA